AUGCUGACUAUAAUGCUGCUGAGUUGUGUCCUGCUGCUGGCCCUGCCUCCCACACUGGGGGUCCAGAUGGGCGUGGCUCCACUGGAAAGCAUCAGGAGGCCUGGCCAAGCCCUGUUCCCAGAGUUCCCAGGUCAAAGUCUGAAGGGCCUGAAGAAGACAACUGCAGCUGGAGCAGAAGAAGGCCUGCUGCAGAAGGCAGAAGCUUUGGCAGAGGUGCUAGAUCCACAGAACCGCGAUUCUCGUUCUCCGCGUCGCUGUGUAAGGCUGCACGAGUCCUGCCUGGGACAGCAGGUGCCUUGCUGCGACCCGUGCGCCACGUGCUACUGCCGCUUCUUCAAUGCCUUUUGCUACUGCCGCAAGCUGGGGACUGCCACGAACCUCUGCAGCCGCACCUAACCAACGGAGGUUGGGGCAAAGGCAGGGGACGCGAAUAAAGGAUGGGA